AUGUGGAGGCUUUUAACGAUAGUCGCAAUUUGCGGGCUCAGUGCCGCAAUAAAAGUACCAGUCAACAACUUAGAGGAAGCGCAACUUACCGACAUAGACAAACUGAGCAGUAUACCAAUUUAUCACUCUAAUGAAGGAACGAGUCGUCUGGUGCUUUCAAAUUCUCAAAAACCAUUACAAGUUCAUGAAGCUAUCGAAACACCAGCCACAAUAUUACUGCCGCCAUCCGAAGAGGUGUUGAAGUAUUACAAACGACAGGACCUUGCCGAACAAAACGAUUGGUAUCCAAUUGCGCCGUCUUCAACGAAGUUGCCUAUACAGUCCUUAAUUCCUAAACCCGAACCCACAGACAUAAUAGUAGGGAACUUUCGAGCAGGAAAAAUGCAUUUGAGAGAUGCUCUACCUCCUACACCUUCUACAAUACUUUUGCCACCCUCAGAAGAUGCGCUGAACUUUUAUUAUGCUGAUACCCUUUCAAAAGAUCCAGGACUCCCGUUGUCGCUGUCUCCAUUUAAACAACCAACGAUAAUAUAUCCUAAGAAGGUUGUAAGCGGCUAUAAACCUGUACCGAUUCCCAUAGCACAAUAUGCUGAUAACUUAACAGAAAUUCCAAAGGCUAAACCAGUUAAGCCGUUCACACCCCAAGCGAGCAUCGAUGGAAUAUACUUUGCACCCAUUGACGAGAAGAAACAAUACCUAUAUGAAUUAGCUGAACAAAAAAGGAAACUAAAAAAGGAACAAGAGCAAAACGAGUUUCAGUCCCCCCUUGUACCCUCCAUAAGUACGCCCGAAGAAGACCAUACCAUUCCAUCGGAGCAAGAAACUUCAGAAUCCAUCCACGAUCAUCCAGAGCGUAACAGAUAUUCCACUCCAUCAAAAGAGACUGCAAAGAGACCAGUAUACGUCCCUGAGAAUAAAGGAGAAAGGACAGAAUUUCGCAUGCACGGAAUGAACGGACCGCAUAGUUACCAAUUUGGCUAUGAUACUGGAAAAGGCAAGAAUCGUCAAUUCCGCUACGAAGAACGCGACAACGAUGGUCAUGUAAGAGGUCACUAUGGAUACAUGGACAAGAACGGAAAACUGAGAGUGGUCAAGUACGAUGCGGAUCCGAAGUUGGGUUUCAGGGCGGACCCGCCCGUGGUUCAGGAGUGA